CUCUGCGCAUGCGUGGUGGCGUCUGCCCGGCAGUAAGAUGGCGGCAGCGAGCGGCGUGCGCCUGGCCUGUUUGGGAGCCCCGUUCCGCGCUGAGCAGUCCCUCUCCGUGUAACGUUCGCUUUCUUCAGCUUUAGGACACAUCUGAAGAUCCUGAAGGUGGUAUUAGGCCCUUUGACUAAGAAGUGCAAGUAUUUACGUCCUUCAGAAUGCCCAACUCCACUACUAAACUUAAUUGUAACCAUAGAGGUGGUCAGGAAGCCGGCAGGUGGGAGCUGGUUUCCAGGUCUUUGCAGAGUGCUCAGCAUUGCCUGGAAGAUGAGGAUUUUGGAACUGCAUAUGCCCACUAUCUCCUGGUACUAAAUCUAGCUCCUGAGUUAAAAACUAGUGUCAAAGAAACAUUUCAGUUUAGUCUCUUUAAAUGGGCAGAAGAGCUAGAUUCUCUGGCACGGAUUCAAGAUCUGUUUAACUGUUACGAACAAGCACUUGAACUGUAUCCGAAUGACGAAGUGAUAUGUAAUAGUAUGGGAGAACAUCUUUUCAGAAUGGGCUUUAGAGAUGAAGCAGCUGGAUAUUUUCAUAAAGCAGUGAAGCUUAACCCAGACUUUGCUGAUGCAAAGGAGAAUUUUUACCGUGUUGCAAACUGGCUUGUGGAACGCUGGCACUUCAUCAUGCUCAAUGAUACCAAGAGGAACCUCACUUACCUAAGAGCAAUUGAGAACGCUGUCUACUCAGGGUGCAAAUCUGUACUUGAUAUUGGAACAGGAACAGGAAUUCUGAGUAUGUUUGCAAAAAAGGCAGGAGCAUCUUCUGUCUAUGCCUGUGAAUUGUCAAAAACCAUGUAUGAACUUGCCCGUGAUGUAGUGGCAGCAAAUAAUAUGGAAAAAGAGAUCAAACUUCUGCAUUUGAAGUCACUUGAUGUAGAAAUUCCAAAGCACAUACCUGAAAGAGUUUCCUUGGUUGUCACAGAAACAGUUGAUGCUGGUUUAUUUGGAGAAGGAAUUGUGGAGAGCUUGAUACAUGCUUGGGAAUAUCUACUUUUACAACCAAAGCCUAAAAAUCAAGAUGUCAGUACUGGAGACUAUGGCAGAGUUAUUCCUGCAAGUGCUACAGUAUUUGGGAUGGCAGUGGAAUGCAGAGAGAUACGUAGACAUCACAGAGUGGGGACUCAAGAAGUUGCUGGUGUGAACUUGUCAAAUUCAGUGCAGUUCUUCAGUCCAACAUAUGCUUCUGCUGGUUCAGAGGAAACUGUCGAACCUUACACCACCGAGAAACUCAGUCGUGUCCCUGGAGGUUACGUGCCUCUGACAGAACCCUGUCAAGUAAUGACGGUAGAUUUCAACAAUCUGCAGGAGCUGAAAAGCCUUGCAGCUAGAAAGCCCUGGAAGCUCAGCCUGCCAGUCACUGAAGGAGGAACACUAGAUGCUAUUGUGGUGUGGUUUGUUCUACAGCUUGAUGAUGAGCAUGCUCUGUCUACAAGUCCCAGUGAAGAAACUUGCUGGGAACAGGCAGUCUAUCCUGUGCAGGGCCUUCUUGAUUAUUCUGUGAAGACUGGAGAUACUGUGAUGAUGGAAGUUUGCUGCCAAGACUGCUACUUGAAGAUCCAGAAGAUUUCUUCUUCGACUUCAGAGUGUGGGAUGGACUUCAGUGACAGGGAUGACUCACUGAGUUUGGGCAAUGAGGCUGAACUAUGUAAUGCUCUGGCUGGUCUUCAGACGACCAGCAAACAGGAUGGCAACAGUCAAGUAUGUGUGUUGGAAUCCACAGAAAUAGCCCUGCUGAACAAUGCACCGUACCACGAAUGCUUUAAAGCUGCUAUGGGCAAAGUGCUGUUGUCAUUAAAUCCACGUAAGGACUUGCAGUCCAUGGUUGUCGAUGGACAUGGCAGUGCGAUGAACCUCCAAGAGAGUAGAAACAAGAGCUCCCUAGAUGUGGCUCCUGAUCCUUUGUACAUUUUAGAUGUAUCUGAAGGCUUCUCCAUCUUGCCAAUUAUAGCUGGCAAACUUGGACCUGUUAGAGCCUACAGUUCAGUUGAGAAAGAACAGCAUCAGGCAGCACUGAAUGUGAUAUCAGAAGCUAACCAUUUCCCCAAGGAAACCUUAGAGUUUUGGCUCAGCCACUUAGAAGAUGAAAGUGUGGUGCUACAGAGACCCAAAUCAGACAAGUUGUGGAGUAUUAUUGUCUUGGAUGUUAUAGAGACAUCAGGUUUAAUCCAGCAGGAAGUGAUGGAAAAGGCUGCAAUAUCCAGAUGUUUACUUAACAGUGGAGGGAAGAUUUUCCCACAGUACGUGUUGGUAUAUGGGAUGCUUGUAGAAUCGGAGUCUCUUCUACUGGAGAGUGCUGUUCAAGGAACAGAACCGACUCUUGGGUUUAAUAUAGCCCCUUUUAUCAACCAAUUCAAGGUACCUGUUCGUGUGUAUUUGGAUCUCUCGACAUUACCAUGUCUACCCUUGAGCAAGCCAGCAGAGCUUUUAAGGCUAGAUCUCAUGAACCCUCUGUUGAACAGCUCCAGCAGAGAAGUCAAGGUACAAAUUUGUAAGUCUGGCCAAGUCACUGCAAUUCCCUUCUGGUAUCACAUACAUCUAGAUGAAGACCACAGCUUGAAUACAUCAGAUGAGUCCUCACACUGGAAACAAGCUGCAGUUGUUCUUGAUGAGCCCAUCCAAGUUCAGGUUGGAGAUGAACUUGUGCUUGAUGUUCAACACCAUAAAAGCAAUAUUAGCAUUACAGUUAAACGGUGAAGAAUGUGGCACAAACUGAUCUGUGGAUAAUUACCUACAUAUAAAUUGACUGUUCAUAACAUCACUGAUGUUAAUUUAUAUUAAAGUCUAAAUUUAAUCUACUGAUCAAAAAGCCUAUUUUGUUGCUGUAAUAGUAGAUACUUAGCUCCUCGGUGGAACCUAAAACUUGUACUGUAAAAGUUUCUUACCGAGCAGUUAGGGGAGGUAUUUUAUUCCCUGCAGCAAAAACCUGACUACAAGCUCUUGCAGUGACUACAGCACUGGGGCAGACUUCUCUUGCUGCCAUAUCAACUGUAGUAAGGAGAAAAGCAUCCAGAUGCUUGUACCAGAAAUAAACAGCUGUGGCUGUUCAGGAUAGAGUCCUUGUUUCUCAAGCCGUAGUUCCACCUCUCAGUUGCCAAAGCAUCCUACUUAAGCACAUGGAGAACGUUAGCCUUGUAGUAGAGACAGCAAUGCCACUGCAGUGUCACCAGCUAGUGUUGCACAAAGACAAUUAUAAAAAGUUGUCAAGGAGCACUGUUGAAUAACUCAAACUGUAAACUUUUUAGCAUCCCUCAGAGAAUCAUUUUUGGUAGUAUCAUGGGCCUGAACUCCUGUCCCUAUGAAAGUUGUAUAAAAUAUUACAUCAGUCAUUUACCAUACUCCUGCAUCUCUCUACAGCAUUACAUUUUGGUAUAAUGCAGGUAACAAGUUCCUUCUAUUAAAUUUAUAUGCAAAUGGAAGACUAACAAAAGCAUUGAUUCUACCUCUGCUGAGAUAUGAGGAAGACUGUUAGUAAGAUAUUUCUGUAGCUAAGUUUCUUACUGUCUAUUCAAUGCAGAAGAGACAUUUCUGUGAUCUUUCCUUAACAGAAGCCUCUACAAAGAACCACCCAUAGAUACUUUCUUCUAGACUCUCACUGCCUGCAAGAUCCACAUGUAUUCUUCAUUAGGUCAAAUGUUUCAGAUAAGUGCUCUCAGUUUAACUUCAGGGACUGUUGGAGCUGUAGUUGUCCCAGCCUGCAGCUGAACCUGCACCAGAUAGAUUGAUGUAAUAAAGCUCUUGCUAGAAGGGUAGAGGGAAGGUCUCCCAUUUACUUUUUUCAAAACAGAGGCAAUUAAGUCAAGUUUUCUGAAAAUCAAGUAACUGGAUACCAUCCUUUAUCCAAGGUGUACAAUGCAUAAUAAAAUAAGUGAAUUAGAGUAGGACAGAGGCUUUUCAUACUACAUGGAAAACAGCUUUUUCUUAAAUAAAAAACAAAGUCUCCCAAAAAUCCCAACAAAACUGUGAUCCAUAAAACCUAAGUUACACAGCUCUAACAGACUGUGUCUGACACAACUCAGCCUAGUAGGUGCAGGAUACUUUCAGCAAAGUGCAGUUUUAUAGAGAAGCGUUAAGGCUUCUCAUCCUGGAAGAGUUCUAAUAAAAGCAAAAACAUUAAAUAAUAGUGGUUAGGCAUAUUUAUUAAUUACCUAUGCAUAAAUGGACUGUUUGUAACAUCACUGAUAACGAUUGAAGUCUAAAUUUUAUCUACUGAUAUUUACUAAUCUUCUCAGCAAUUAAUAAGACAGCAAAAUGAUUUAAAGAAAAAUUGAGGACAUAUUCAACCCUUAAUGAGAUUAACUAAAGGGCUGAAAAUGACCAUUACUGAGUUUUCAAGCAGUGUGUUAAGUAAGGCAAGAGCAAUCUUUAAGACUUCUGAUUAAAAGCUGGGAGAAGACUAGGCAUAAAACAAUGGACGAACAAAUAUAGUUUAUGUAAAGAUGAAGUUUUCAUAUAAACUUGACAGGUCAUGCUGUGGAAUACUGUUAUAGUAGUUUUCAAAAGAUGGUAUGUGUCAUAGGAAGAUUUCUAUUUUGGAAAUUCAGUAGCAAUCUUUAAUGGAAAGUUAUGAUCCUGUAAGCUACUGCAAUGAAAAAAUAACUUCUCCCAGAAAAAAAAAAUUACAGAAAUACUACGCACUUAGAAUAACUGAGUAAUAAUUAAAUAACUUAGCAGCUUUCCAAAAAUGCUGUGAAAGACACAACCAAGACACAUAACUAGCUGUUCUCCUAGCAAAGUCACUUCUCUGUACCUUACCUAAAUUUUACAGCAAACAGACAUAACUUCAAGAAUUAAAAUAAAUUCUUCCAUGUGGGGUUUUUGUAAAGCGAGAGCACUGUAGCUACUUAUCUUCCAGCAGCUCUGAUCCUUUGGAUAUCAUUUCUACCAAUGCCCCUUUUUACUUGUAUACAUGCAGGAAAUCAGGUUAUUUCUAAUAGUGGCUACAGUGGGCACUGAAGUCCCUGGGUGUUCUGAGCUUUUAUAAGUUGUUUCCUUUUAGAACAUGGCUAUUACACGGAUAAAAAGCAUAAAAGAUAAAAAGCAUAAAAAAGUAGAUCCUGAUUCUUCAUAAGCUCAAACAAGAAUUCCCUUUUCAGUACAAGCCUUAAAAUACUGAAAGCAAACUCUUGUAUUAGUUAUACAGUUAUACUUAAGAUCACCUUCUUCCACGAAGGGGGCAGUUGUUUUCAUGUGUCAUUCACAUUCUUAAAUUACUGUAGCAGUAAAUCAAAUUGAAAGAAGGCAAACAGUUUAAAUAAAAUCUUUAAUUGCUUAUUUACAACAAAGGCAAUGACUUGGCAAAUUGAAAAUUAUGAUUUGCACUUUCCCACUAACUUCAGAUACAGCAAGUAGUCAACUAUAAAAUAUGCAGCCUAGUGAGUAAGGCGCAAUAUUUACAUCACACCAGUACUGCAAAAAAAGCACUUAAGAUGACUUUCCUGUGACAGCCAGAAGAUAAACAUUUAUCCUGUAAAUGUGAAUAAUGCCAAAAGAAACUUCAGAUGUCACUUAAAAGGUCAGCACUCUAGUUUGUUGGGGUUUUUUUUGUCAGAUUGCAAACAUGCAAUAGUAGUAAAAACUGGUAAUGGGAUAAAACCAAUACUAAUCUCAUUUUGUCAGUUUUUGCAAAAUAACAUUUUGAUAUAAGUGUACUACUUCUUGAUCUGAAAUCCGAUGCUAGUAACUUCAGUAUUAGACUAGCUACUUAGUUUUACCUUAGCAAAGGUCCUUUCAGGGGGGAAUCAACUAUUACAUUUCAAUCUAGGCUAUACUAGAAGCAUAAUACAAUAAUCACACACACAAAUUUAUGAAUACAAAUUACUACAGACACAUUGUCAAGAGAUCCUGCUUUAACAGCUUAAAAAAACUUAAGUGUUAAAGAAUUUAUUGCAGACCAAAAUAAUCAGUUUUGUUUUCUACUUCCUUUUUGACAUCCUUGAUUCCCUGCCUCCAUGUAUUUUAAGGUAGUGAUGAUUAUUCUCAUUUUCGAAGGAUAGGAAGAAAGUAGUCAAGUGUAAGGUAUUCAUCUAAAACCUAUCAUCCUGGCUGUCUAUUCUGAAUGUAAAAGACUUACAAAUUAUGAGCUACAAGGACAACAGAUACAUCAACAAUAUGUUCUGGGCAUGGAAUUUUAUAAUGAGGCCUGUAGGGAAUGCCUUCUUUGUAUAGAUUCUUUACUGAUGCUCUUUAAUAAUUAUCUUCAUGGAGGGGGUUUAUUUAGGUAUGCGGGAAAAGGAAGAAGAUGGCUUCUGUACAGAAGUUACCAUUUCGUCCACACUCCGUUGAGCAUCAUUAAGAGGACAACCAAAGCUAAUAAAACCACUUUUUCCUACUGCCCUCCUUAAAUUACAUUCGUGAAAUUAAGUUCUCCUGCUAUUAGUACUUACACUUCAUCUUU